AUGGCCUCGCUGUUCGGCCCGGUCCCUCUGCGGACCAGCGCCUUGAGCAGGUCCAUCAGCGCGCCAUGCUCCUCCUGCAUGACCACGACCCGCGCCCGCUACGUUGCUCAGCGGUACUCUCGAGCUACGCAACCUUCGGCUCGCCUCUACUCGCAGAAGUCGCAGCAACGCCCGCGCUCCAAAAUCACAUGGUAUCAACUGCCUAUCGGAGUCGGCAUCGGCUUCAUGGGUCUGAUGCAGUUCUACAAAACGUCGACUCGGGAAGCUGAGAAGCAGAAGGAGCUCGGCGAGAUGGAGGGCGGCACCCCCAAGAAGAGGGAGCGCAUUAGGCCAGAGGGGCCUUGGCAGGUUCGCGUCAUGUCUACGCUUCCGCUGAAGGCCAUGUCGAGGCUUUGGGGACGGUUCAACGAGAUUGACAUUCCCUACUACCUGCGUGUCCCUGGGUUCAAGCUGUACGCCUGGAUUUUCGGCGUCAACCUUGACGAAGUCUCCGAACCUGACCUGCACACAUAUCCCAACCUCGCCGCCUUCUUCUACCGCACACUCAAGCCAGGCUCACGCCCGCUGGACCCCCACCCGAACGCCCUGCUCUCUCCUUCCGACGGUCGUAUCCUUCAGUUUGGGCAGAUUGAGGGUGGCGACAUUGAACAGGUCAAGGGCAUGACGUACAGCAUCGACGCUCUGCUAGGCAAGCGCACGCCGACGCCAAGUAUCGCCAGUGACCUCUCGAACGGCGAUAUCAAAACCCCGCUCCGCCAGAUCACCGAAAACGAAGACUUGGUGAAGACGGACGAGGAGUUUGCGCGCGUGAACGGCAUCCCUUACACCCUUCCCGAUCUUUUCUCCGGCGACAAGGACAAGUCCACCAGGCUCUCCAGACCGCACGACGAAUCGAUACGCCCCGCCUCUCCCGCCACCGAGCGCGCCGUCCACGCUGAUCUCGCCCUCGGCGACAAGCCCUGGUAUGCCUACCUGGCGCCGGAGGAGAAGAAGACGGCCCUCUACUACGCCGUCAUCUACCUCGCACCCGGUGACUACCAUCGCUUCCACUCGCCCGCCAACUGGGUGGUCGAGCGCCGCCGCCACUUCGCGGGCGAGCUCUUCUCCGUGUCCCCGUACCUCCAGCGCACCCUCCCCGGCCUCUUCACCCUCAACGAGCGCGUCGUGCUCCUCGGCCGCUGGCGCUGGGGCUUCUUCUCCUACAUCCCCGUCGGCGCCACCAACGUCGGCUCCAUCAUGAUCAACUUUGACCGCGAGCUGCGCACCAACAGCCUGACGACGGACACGGAGGCCGACCGCGCCGCCGAGGCGGCGGCCAAGAACGGCGAGCCCUACCUCGGCUUUUCGGAGGCGACGUACGCCAGCUCGAGCGCCGUGCUCGGCGGCCAGGCACUGCGCAAGGGCGAGGAGAUGGGUGGGUUCAAGCUCGGCAGCACCGUCGUGCUCGUCUUCGAGGCGCCGGCGGAGAAGGGCUCCGGCAAGGGCGAUGUGCUCAAGGGCGGAUGGAGGUGGAAUGUCGAGAAGGGACAAACACUGCGCAUGGGACAGGCGUUGGGUUAUGUGGACGAGGAGGUGUAA